AUGCAGUCGUUCUUUCAACAUCGAAGGAUCUGCAGACAACUUGAGAAACAGAUUGUGGUGCGACACGACAAGCCCGAUGAUGUCUGGACUAGAGAGCGACGCUACUGGUACCGUGAAGGAGAGAUCCUGUCUGAACCUCGCGAGAUAGACGAUGGUGAACCGGCAAGACGAAGACGAGAGCAUGGUCAGCGCACUCUCAUUUCGGGACCAGCCCUUCAUCCUCGCCAUACGACCCGCACACACUUGGAACGUGAUGGAGAUGUAGAGCGUGCGGAUUAUGACACAGAGUUCCAAGACGAACCGCACACUAUCAAUUCGCAAGAGACUCUGGGAGGCACGCUCGAUAUGAUGUUGACAGGCGUUGAAAGACAAAGACCGGGCAGCAGUGAGCCCAAUGGCGCACCCGAGGAGGCCACUGAUGGUAUAAUCGACGACAGAUUAGUCCAUAAGGAUCGACUCGUCGUGGUCACCUUCGAGGGCGACUGUGACCCAAUGGACCCGCAUAACUGGUCUGUCCCACUUCGGCUGGCAUGUACACUGGUAGUGGCACUGACUGCAGCCACGAUGCUAUGGGCGACUACAAUUGAUGCUGUUAUUUUCACCCCCGAGACCCGGAAACUUUAUGGAUCUGAUAACUUUGCAAUCGAGACGGUGCCUACAGCUCUUUACAUAGCCGGCCUCGGGAUAGGGGGAUUGUUCAUAGCGCCUAUCUCCGAAGUUGUUGGACGCAAUCCCGUGUUCAUUCCCUCGCUGAUGCUCUUUAUAUUGUUUGAAAUGGGGACAGGUCUCGCUAAGACCCCAGCACAGGAAAUGUUCACAAAAGGCCUCGCUGGAUUUUUUGGGUCUGCUCCCCUGGUGUGCACCGCAGGAUCCAUCGUUGACCUUUGGUCACGGAUUGAGCGAGUCUAUGUCUUCCCCCUAUACGCCAUUUUGGGCUUCAUGGGACCUUUAAUAGGCCCCGUGCCCGGUUCAUUCGUCUCCGUUGCCCAUUCAGUGAGCUGGAAGUUUAUAGACUGGAUGACUAUUAUCUUGGCGGGCAUUGCACUAGGUUUAAUUGUGCUAUUCAUGCCGGAAACAUACAGCCCUAUUCUGUUGCAUUGGAAAGCAAAGCAGCUCCGCCGCCUCACUGGAGACCAUCGGUAUCGAGCGCCGCUAGAGUUUAAAAGGGUCUCGUUUUUGCGCCGCCUUGCCCACGCAAUAUAUCGACCGUUCCUUUUACUCGCGACAGAGCCGAUCAUCAUGAUUUUUGCAGUCUAUCUCUCGGCCAUAUUCAUCAUCCUCUACACCUUCAUCGCGGGCUAUAUGUAUAUCUACCAGAAAGUGUAUAAGUUCAAGCCCACCGAAACAAGUCUUGCCUUCCUCGGUAUCUUGGCAGGCGUAUUUCUCGCCGGCCUAUUUGUCCCGCUAGCUAUGAAGUUGGUGCGCAAAGACAUCCUCCGCAGCCGCUCCGAUGGACGUGACUACUCGGGUCCAGAAAUCAAUCUCUAUCUGUCCAUGUUUGGGGCCCCCGCAAUCCCAAUCGCACUAUUCUGGAUGGGCUGGACGGCUCGCCCGUCUAUCUCAGUCUGGUGUCCGCUCGGCUCAUCCGUGGUGUUGGGCUACGGGGUGCUAUGCGUCUUCAUCUCUUCGUACCAAUACGUCGCUGAAGCCUUCGAGUACCAUGCUGCUAGUGCCCUAGCUGCUGUCCAGAUGUUGCGCCUUGUCUCUUCGGGUGUCAUAGUCUACGUCUCAGAGCCAAUGUAUCGCAAGCUUGGCAUUGCCUGGAGCUUGACCCUCCUAGGCGCGAUUGCCACCGUGUUUCUUCCCGUGCCAUAUAUACUACACCGGUGGGGGCCAAUGGUGCGGCGGUGGAGCCGGCGUGCACAGAGUGAGGAAGAGUGA